AUGGCAUUUGAAUACGAUCCAACGGAAGUUGCCCCUAAGGUGGUUGAGGUCCUGAGAGCCUUCUCUCUGCAUAUCCGAAAGGAAGGCUCUCACGAAGGCUAUGGAAAAGUUUUCGAUUCUGUCUUCGAUAGAGUGAAAGCAUAUAUUGCCGAAAAUGCGCCUAUUACAAUGGUCUUGCCUGCUUUCCCAUGGAAAAAUCCUAACCUCGAUAAAGUCAUAGGGUCAGGUCCGGAUCUAGGUGAAGAGCUGGGGCUUUCGAGAUUGAACGACAUUUGCCAAGAAAUCUCGAGGUUCUAUGUAUAUGGAGCUCGACUUAUGCUUAUAUGCGAUGUGCCGGUAUAUAAUGAUGUCGUUGGAAUCCCCGAUGAAGACGCCUAUGACUAUGGUCUGCAUCUUCGUGAGCUGGCCCAAGAAAAGAAGUUUUCCUCAAUUCAGUUCAUCCGAUUGAUGGAUUUGAUGGGCUUGGGAGACGGCGAAAAAAUCUCCAAAGCAGACUACUUAACGCUCGUUCCCACCGUCAGAGAGAAAUUGAUGUCUAGCGAGUAUUUUGAUCCAAAUUUCGAUAUUGAAACAGAGCUCCAGACAGACCCUGAUACCAAGGCCACGUUUAACGGGUUCUUCAGUCGAAUGUCAGAAGACUUGAAAUGGGGUAAAGGAUUUGAUGCUGCGGUCGCUGCCGGCCAGGCUGCAUAUGAUGCAGAGGUGGCAAGAGUAGUCAAAAUAGAGAUGCAACGUCUUAUUGCGUAUGAGAAGUUGAUCAACGUGACUCUGGGUAAUCAUAUCCGCCUGUCAAUCCAUCCUUCAAUAGGAAAGAAUAAGAUUUCCAUCCCUCUUCUUCCGCAUGAAGGAAAAUUCGGCGACAUGCCUUGGCAUGCUAGUGUCUUGGUGCUUUCCAAUGGCGAGAUUAAAACAGGAGAUGCAAAAGAUUUUCGCGAUCACUACGAGAUAGUUAACAAAAAUGGUCGGCCAUACUACUUCCGCGAACGGAGCACACUGUACGACUGGUCAGUGCCGGUUGAGAUUCAGCAUUCAUAUAAGGAAGUGCUCAUCAAGAAUCCUGGAGAGGGUGAACAACUACUGCAGUUGGAGGAUCGAUUGAAGCUCGCGCGUUGCAUUGUAUUACACAAGGGUCAAACAGUCCAUGUGGAAGGAUUUACCAUACCAGAAGGCCAGGUUGCAUAG